CUUCACUUCUCACACUAUAAACUAAUAAUCCUCUGUUUGACAAAGGUUUAUCUAAUUUCUCUCUGUAAUAUGGCCAAAGAGAAAAUCGAAUCUCCAACGGAGAAGAAGACUCCGACGGCGUCAGAAAAUAAAUCGAAGAAGCCGAGUAAACCGAAAACCACCACUCAUCCUCCAUACUUGCAGAUGAUAAAAGAGGCUUUAGUGACUCUGAAGGAGAAGAACGGAUCGAGUCCUUACGCUAUAGCAAAGAAGAUAGAGGAGAAACACAAAACCGUACUUCCGGAGAAUUUUCGUAAAACACUCUCUCUACAGCUUAAAAACUCAGUCGCUAAAGGUAAGCUCGUGAAGAUCAGAGCCUCGUACAAGCUUGCAGAGGCGAAGACGAUGAUCACGAGGCAGCAGCAGCAGCAGAAGAAGAAGACGACUCGGUCUUCUUCAAGAAAGUCGAAGAAGACUGACAAACAAGAGAUGGUGACGAAGAAGAAGAGGAAAGCGAAGAAGCCAAGACAGCUUAAGUCAAUCAAGUCUCUAGGUUCGAAGAAGGUCUUGAAAGCUUCCGCUUCUUGAUCAUUGAGAAGAAGAAAGAAGAAAAAGAAGAAGGUGUGUGUGUGUGUGAAUACAACUGAAUAAACGUUCUUCUCUCUGUAAAAAUGGCUGAGACUGUUUUUGUGUUGGUGUGACUUUCUUUAGGGCUUUAGGGUUAGAGACUAGUGAGUCUUUGGAUGUUUAUAACUACGCACUGUUUAAUAUUUAACAUACGUAUGCACUUAGGAUUUGUGAAAGAUUUGAUGUGCAAAGGCGAGAGACAAAAGCUAAUUUACAUAUUUUUCCUUUUGAAUCG